AGGCCCUUCUUCCGCUGUCGGCGCGCCCCCCUGUCUCGUUUCGGCCCCGCCGGGACAACGCCUGGAGUCGCAGCAGCCGGGUGAUCGCGCCCGUCAUCCUCUACCAACGUUUCCAGGCUGCCCUGCUCGGGAGUGAGUGAGAAUGAAGCUAAAGGAGAUAGACCGCACGGCGAUGCAGGCGUGGAGCCCUGCCCAGAACCACCCCAUUUACCUGGCCACAGGGACAUCUGCUCAGCAGUUGGACGCGACAUUCAGUACCAACGCUUCCCUUGAGAUAUUCGAGCUCGACCUUUCCGACCCGUCCUUGGAUAUGAAGUCCUGUGCUACUUUCUCCUCGUCUCACAGGUACCACAAGCUGAUCUGGGGACCUCAUAAAAUGGAUUCCAAAGGAGAUGUUUCUGGAGUUUUGAUUGCAGGUGGAGAAAAUGGAAACAUUAUUCUCUACGAUCCUUCUAAAAUUAUAGCUGGAGACAAGGAAGUUGUGAUUGCCCAAAAGGACAAGCAUACUGGGCCAGUGAGAGCCUUGGAUGUAAACAUCUUCCAGACCAAUUUGGUGGCCUCUGGUGCUAAUGAAUCUGAAAUCUACAUUUGGGAUCUAAACAAUUUUGCAACUCCAAUGACGCCAGGAGCUAAAACACAGCCACCAGAAGAUAUCAGCUGCAUAGCCUGGAACAGACAGGUCCAGCAUAUCUUAGCAUCAGCCAGUCCCAGUGGCCGGGCAACGGUCUGGGAUCUCAGGAAAAACGAGCCUAUUAUCAAAGUCAGCGACCACAGUAACAGGAUGCACUGCUCUGGGCUGGCAUGGCACCCUGAUGUCGCUACUCAGAUGGUCCUUGCUUCUGAGGAUGAUCGAUUACCAGUGGUCCAGAUGUGGGAUCUUCGAUUUGCUUCCUCUCCCCUCCGGGUUCUGGAAAAUCAUGCCAGGGGGAUUUUGGCAAUUGCUUGGAGCAUGGCAGAUCCUGAAUUGUUGUUAAGCUGUGGAAAAGAUGCUAAGAUUCUCUGCUCUAACCCUAACACGGGAGAGGUAUUAUAUGAACUUCCCACCAACACACAGUGGUGCUUUGAUAUCCAGUGGUGUCCUCGGAAUCCUGCCGUCCUGUCUGCCGCUUCCUUCGAUGGUCGCAUCCGUGUCUACUCCAUCAUGGGAGGGAGCAUAGACGGCUUAAGGCAGAAACAAGUUGACAAGCUUUCGUCGUCUUUUGGGAAUCUUGAUCCGUUUGGCACAGGACAGCCGCUCCCUCCAUUACAAAUCCCACAGCAGACUUCACAGCACAGCAUCGUGCUGCCCCUGAAGAAGCCACCCAAGUGGAUCCGGAGACCUGUGGGCGCCUCCUUCUCAUUCGGAGGGAAGUUGGUGACUUUCGAGAACGUUACAGGGCAGCCUCAGCAGGGAGCUGAGCAGCCACGGCGGCAGCCCGUGUUCAUCAGUCAGGUGGUGACAGAAAAGGACUUCCUCAGCCGCUCAGAGCAGCUACAGCACGUCGUGCAGUCUCAGGGCUUUAUCAGUUACUGCCAGAAAAAGAUCGAUGCGUCCCAGACUGACUUCGAGAAGAAUGUGUGGUCCUUCUUGAAGGUAAACUUUGAGGAGGAUUCUCGUGGGAAAUACCUUGAGCUUCUUGGAUAUAGAAGAGAAGAUCUGGGAGAGAAGAUUGCUUUGGCCUUGAACAGAGUGGACGGAUCCGAUGUGGCUCUUAAGGACUCUGACCGAGUAGCGCAGAGUGAUGGGGAGGAGAGCCCUGCCGAGGAAGGGCAGCUCCUGGGAGAGCGCAUUAAAGAGGAAAAACAGGAGUGUGACUUUCUGCCCUCGGCUGGCGGUGGGACCUUUAACAUCUCCGUCAGUGGGGAUAUUGAUGGUUUAAUUACCCGGGCUUUGCUGACCGGCAAUUUUGAGAGCGCAGUUGACCUUUGUUUACACGAUAACCGAAUGGCUGAUGCCAUCAUAUUAGCCAUCGCAGGUGGGCAGGAGCUCUUGGCUCAAACGCAGAAGAAAUACUUUGCAAAAUCCCAAAGCAAGAUUACCAGGCUUAUCACUGCGGUGGUGAUGAAGAACUGGAAGGAGAUUGUUGAAUCCUGUGAUCUUAAAAAUUGGAGAGAGGCUUUAGCUGCGGUCCUCACUUAUGCUAAGCCAGAUGAGUUCUCCGCCCUGUGUGAUCUCUUGGGAGCCAGGCUUGAAAGUGAAGGAGACAGCCUCCUGCGGACUCAGGCCUGCCUCUGCUAUAUCUGUGCCGGGAAUGUAGAGAGAUUAGUUGCUUGUUGGACCAAAGCUCAAGAUGGUAGCAACCCCUUGUCUCUCCAGGAUCUGAUUGAGAAAGUUGUCAUCCUCCGAAAAGCUGUACAGCUCACGCAAGCCCUGGACACGAACACUGUCGGGGCUCUUCUGGCCGAGAAGAUGAGUCAGUAUGCCAACUUGUUGGCAGCCCAGGGCAGUAUUGCCGCGGCCUUGGCGUUUCUGCCUGACAACACCAACCAGCCAGAUAUCGUGCAGCUGCGUGACAGACUCUGCAGAGCUCAAGGCAGGUCUGUGCCGGGGCAGGAGUCCUCUAGGAGCUCCUACGAGGGGCAGCCGCUGCCCAAGGGCGGGCCCGGGCCGCUUGCUGGCCACCCGCAGGUGUCCAGAGUUCAAAGUCAGCAAUAUUAUCCCCAGGUUAGAAUUGCCCCUACUGUCACUACCUGGAGUGACAGAACUCCCACUGCCCUCCCCAGCCAUCCACCUGCAGCCUGUCCCUCUGACACACAGGGAGGGAAUCCUCCACCUCCAGGUUUCAUAAUGCAUGGCAACGUUGUUCCAAAUAGCCCUGCCCCACUGCCGACGUCUCCAGGCCACAUGCACAGCCAGCCACCACCUUAUCCGCAGCCGCAGCCUUACCAGCCAGCCCAGCAGUAUUCCUUCGGAACAGGGGGGUCAGCAGUUUAUCGACCUCAACAGCCUGUUGCUCCUCCUGCUUCUAACGCUUACCCUAACGCCCCAUACGUAUCUCCUGUCGCUUCCUACUCCGGGCAGCCUCAGAUGUACACAGCACAGCCAGCCUCCUCCCCUACCUCCAGCUCUGCUCCUCUUCCCCCUCCCCCUUCCUCUGGAGCGUCCUUCCAGCAUGGCGGACCAGGAGCUCCACCGUCAUCUUCAGCUUAUGCACUGCCUCCUGGAACAACAGGUACACCGCCUGCUGCCAGUGAGCUGCCUGCGUCCCAGAGAACAGAAAAUCAGUCUUUCCAAGACCAGUCAUCUGUAUUGGAAGGUCCUCAGAAUGGUUGGAAUGAUCCUCCCGCUUUGAACAGAGUACCGAAGAAGAAGAAGCUGCCUGAGAACUUCAUGCCUCCUGUCCCCAUUACGUCACCAAUCAUGAACCCCGGGGGAGAUCCCCAGCCACAGGGGCUGCAGCAACAGCCUUCAGCUUCAGGGCCACGGUCAAGCCACGCCUCCUUCCCGCAGCCGCACCUAGCCGGCGGCCAGCCCUUCCACGGGAUCCAGCAGCCUCUUGCUCAAACAGGCAUGCCACCGUCUUUCUCGAAGCCCAACACUGAAGGGGCCCCCGGCGCUCCCAUUGGGAACACCAUCCAGCAUGUGCAGGCUCUGCCAACAGAAAAAAUUACCAAGAAGCCUAUUCCAGACGAGCACCUCAUUCUAAAGACUACGUUUGAGGACCUUAUCCAGCGCUGCCUCUCCUCAGCUACAGACCCCCAAACCAAGAGGAAGCUGGACGACGCCAGCAAACGCCUGGAGUGUCUGUACGACAAACUUAGGGACCAGACAGUAAGUUUGGGGGGAGGUGGACUAUGACCGUCCAUUAUCCUUUGUUGCUAAUAAAGUGACUCACCGACACUGUCACUCUGUGGGGUGACAAAGUUGUCAUGAGAGGCACAGAAUGGUCUUUCCCAAAUUGCGUGGGGUGGGAGGGAGAACAUAUGAGGGAAAUCAGCCCUUUCUGUAGCAAAGAUCAGAAGUACAAACUGGGGCUGGAGAGAUGGCUCAGUGGUUAAGAGCACUGACUGCUCUUCCAGAGGUCCUGAGUUCAAAUCCCAGCAACCACAUGGUGGCUCACAACCAUCUGUAGUGAGAUCUGAUGCCCUCUUCUGGUCUGAAGACAGCUACAAUGUACUUACAAAUAAAUAAAUCUUAAAAAAAAAUUUAAAAAAAAAAAAGUACAAACUGGACUCUGUCGGGCCCAGGGUAAUUGGCCUGGUACUCCUUUCACAUGGCCAUGUAUCAGAAACCGGACAAGGCAGGCGCCCUGUUUCCUAGAGAAGAAUCUAUCAUCUCUCUGGAGUCUAAGACUCUUGAUCCUUUUCGCCUACAACAGCUGAUAUAGAAAGGCAGAACCAAUGUUGCUGCCAGAUGGUCAGGGUAAUGUCUGUGACGGGGAAGAGAAGUCACAGCAAGGAAUCACUGUGGUCCUCUUGAACUGACCUGCUGUCCUUUGAGAGUUGAGAUAAUCCUGUUCUCCACACUCAGGCUCAUCUGAUAAGAGUAACAUUUUUCUCAUGAGACCCAAUGCAAAGAAAGCGAUCUCAUAGGAAGGGUGUGGUCUAUGACUGAUCCAAAAGAGAGUCUUGUACUAAAGUAUGGGUUGUUCUGAGUGCUGCCGUGCCAGGUGAGCCAGUGUGCAAGCUGCAGGGGAGUCAGCCACAUAGCUCAAGGCUGGCCCAGCAUUCCAGAUGUCAGGGAGGGAGAGGACAUGGUCAGGGGUAGCAGCAUGGGCCAGAGAUCCCAGCUCUUGCUGAGAUCCAGGAGUGAAUCCAGCCAGGGCAACACAGCAAUGGCUAGUUGCAAAGAAAAAAAGGAAAACAAAUUUUUUUGCCAGAAGAGAAGGUAGACUUACAGAAAGCGAUUUCGGGUCCAGAAUUGGCUCAGGUUAGCGCUCUUGUCUAGCACAUUGACACCCUAGACUCCAUCCCCAUCCUCACAGAAGAACGGAUAGGAAGACUAGGUAAGAGCUGGUAAAUUGCACUGUUUGCCGAGCCUAUUGCCUUGAACUCAGAAGAGGACAGAAGGUUCAGGAUCUGCUGUAGAAAAAGCUUCAAGUAGCUGGGGUCCCAGCUUUUUUAACAUUAUCAUGAUCUACAAGCUUCCCGGACUCAAGGAAAAUGUUAAAGGCUCUGGCUAAAGUAACUGGAGAAGGGACACUCCAUUGGAAAGAGGUUUAUCAGUUCCGCUUGCAGGAGGAAAUCAGUAAGGAAAGACCUGCUCUGCAGUGCAGUAUGGUAAUUCAUAAGGGACUUGUGACACAAGGCGUCUCCCCAGGCUUCUACACUAAAGUGUAAGUUUCACUUGGUCCAAAAUCUUUGUUUAGUUUAAAACAUUCCAAAAUGCUAACUAGUUACGCAUUUGUAAAGAGUGUCUCAGGCUCUGCGUAAAUCUCUGGGUUAAUGCUUGCAGAGCACUGUGGGAUACCCCUACUGUAACUCCCUCUCCUGCCCCUGCCUUUCUUUCAGCUUUCUCCAACAAUCAUCAGCGGUCUCCACAGCAUUGCGAGGAGCAUUGAGACGAGGAACUACUCUGAAGGGUUGACCGUCCACACUCACAUCGUCAGCACCAGCAACUUCAGUGAGACCUCAGCCUUCAUGCCAGUCCUCAAGGUUGUGCUCAGCCAGGCCAGUAAGCUGGGCGUCUGAGACAGCUGCCAUGACCUCCGACUCCGCCACUUCUCCAAAGAAAGCCAUGCUAAGACUGGGACCAGCCCCUCAUUAGCAUGUUUCCAUGGCCACCCGCCACCCAGGAGCUUUGACAUUUCUGCAGGCAAACUCCCCUAGAACUGCUUGAACCCCCCCUCCCACCCCGCCCGUGCUUUCCUUUGUUUUAAUCCCCUCGCCCAUUAUGAUUUUCCCAUUCUGCAAAUAGUGUCUUUCCUGGAUUACACAUAGUGUGGUUUCCUGAGGGAUUCUGACAAAAUGUGGUUUUUAAAACUUUGGUGUACUUUUUAGGAAAAUUGCAUCUGGCUGUGUAUAAAACAGACCUAAAAUAGAUUUCUUUAAUGUCUUCCCUACCUUCUUCACGUUGAUCAGAUUAAAGUUGUAAUCCCAUCUUA